CGUCCUCUUCCACUGUCAGAUACAGCUGCGGCAACACGCACUCUGACAAUCACUGGGCCAUAAAACGUCGAAUAAAACUAAAAUCAGUAGAGAAGACUCCCAUUUAGUAAAGAAAUGGAUCAAAAUCCUCAUCAGAGAGAAGUCCCUCAGAAUGCUAUCCCAGUUGGGGCCUUCAGGCAGGGCAACAUUCCCACUGUGGAGCGAGGAAUCAUCAGUGGGGACAACGUCCAGUUCGGAAGGCUGCGACAUCGCUCGCAUUUGUCCCACUCGGAGAGCUCUGGCUCUGAAUAUGAGCGGCUGGGCUCUUCUGUGGAAGCAGGUGGCUCCUAUGGCCAAAGCCCUGUCCUCCAGGGCAUGCAGGCAGAAGGUAACUACCAGCGGCGACUCCCUUCUGAUGGCGAUGGACCUCUGUCAUCUUCUCCACGGAGCCCAAACGUAAGAGGAAGUUUGACCUUCCACUCCAGACGCGGCCAAGACCUACAUCCAGAUCAGAGGCCCCCCGUCACCACUGUGAAGGCUUCUGGUACCCCUCACCGUCAGUUAGGUAAAGUCCGAGAUCGCACCUCCUCUGAAACAGAGCAGGGGAGCAAAGGCAGCAGAGGAGCACACCCGAGGAAGAGAGGCUUCUCUGAGACUGAAAGCAAGCCGAGAUGGGACAAUACCAACAUGAGUGGACUGCAGUGCCUUGCCACAGAAAACAUCUGGUUCGACAAACACAGCUACGACGAGGCGGAGAAGUGUUUCUAUGAGGGAGCUAAUGGCCCCACCACUCAGCAACAAAAGGUGAAAACCGCCCAGCAGCCAGCCAAAGGGCGCCAGCAGAAACGGCAGCAUAAAAAUUCAUCCUCACACUCGGAGCAGGAGCUAGUGACCCGCAUGAAGAGCCUGGAGCUGGAGAACCAGACUCUGCACAAAGUGGUGGAGGAGAUGAGGUCAGCCCUGCAGAAGCUGGAGUCCAGAGUGGUGGUCCUGGAGAAGUCUCCAUCACCAGCAGCUGUCCCAUGUGCCAAGGCUGCACCAGUGCAGGCAGCUCCAGCCAAACAGGUGACGGUGGAAGACGAUGACGACGACAUAGACUUGUUUGGCAGUGAUGAGGAAGAUGAAGAGGCAGAACGCCUCAAGCAGGAGCGUCUGGAAGCUUACGCAGCCAAAAAAGCCAAGAAACCUGCUGUCAUUGCAAAGUCAUCCAUCCUGUUGGAUGUCAAACCUUGGGAUGAUGAGACCGAUAUGGCGAAGCUGGAGGAGUGUGUGCGCUCGGUGCAGAUGGAUGGGCUCCUGUGGGGAGCUUCUAAGCUGGUUCCAGUCGGUUAUGGCAUCAAGAAGCUGCAGAUCAACUGUGUGGUCGAGGAUGAUAAAGUUGGCACAGAUAUCCUGGAGGAAGAGAUCACCAAGUUUGAGGACUAUGUCCAGAGUGUCGACGUUGCUGCCUUCAACAAGAUCUAAACUUGACUACCAAGUCUUGCUGCUACUCCUAUGGUCAAUAAAGAGCUGAGUUGUGAGCACAA